CGCCCUGCUCUUCCUCCCUCUGGCUGCCGGUUAACAAGGAAACAUGUUCAGACUCACUCGCUCCGCCAUGGCGACUCUAAUAUCUGCCCAACAUGUCUUCAUGUUCCUCUGGAUUAUUGGCUCUGUGGCUGCAGGAGCUUUGAAGGCAAAGCCUGGAGGAGACGUCACUCUUCCGUGUCACAGUCAGACAGAUGCUAAUGUCACAAAGUUGGUGUGGAGCAGACCUGGGCUGAAGGAUGAGUACGUCUUCUUCUUCAGCGAUAACAGGCUGAAUGAAACCAACCAGGAUCCACAUUAUCGUGGUCGUGUUGAACUGAAAGAUCCACAGAUGAAGAACGGAGAUGCUUCUGUUGUCCUGAAGAACGUUGACUACGAUGACUCUGGAACGUACGAGUGUGAGGUUAGAACCUCCUCCAAUAGCCGAAGGAAGAGAAAAGUGCCGGUGCAGUCCAUCCAUCUGAUCGUCAGUAAAGAUCCAGGAGAGGUGAGGGCAAAGCCUGGAGAAGACGUCACUCUUCAGUGCAACAGUCCCACAGAUGCUGACAUCACAAAGAUAAAGUGGGAAAGACCUGACCUGAAGGGUCAUGCUGUCUUCUUCGUCAGAGAAAACAGGCCGUAUGAAAAAUACCAGGAUCCACGUUAUCACGGUCGUGUUGAGCUGAAAGAUCCAGAGAUGAAGAACGGAGACGUUUCUGUUGUCCUGAUGAGCGUCACCGUCAACGACACGGGAACGUACCAGUGUUGGGUUACAAUUCCCACCAUGCCAAAAGAACUGUUGCGCUCCGUCCAUCUGAUCGUCUCUGAAGGUCCCACGAAGGAAGAACUGGAGCAAAAGCACAGUACAAUACCUUGGUGGGGAGUUGUUUUGUUACUGGUUUGUCUUGUUGUUGUUGUUGUUGGUGGUUUUGCUCUUAGACGUUUGGUUUUUCCAAAACCUAAAAGUGGUCCUUUGCCGAGUUCAGAGGAGCGUGUUGCUUUUACAGUAAGUGAGUAAAGCACUGAUCACUCACGCACCUCUAACACCCGACUGUCCUCCAUCAACUGCUUCUGAACAAAUAACAACUCCAAAGAGACCGUUCUGAGUAUUUAGGGUUUAUAUAUUGGACUCAGGAAAAAGUACUUAAAAUACAUGUUACCAUAGUAACUGCACUUAAAACACAUUUUGUUUAAUUAAAAGUACUGUUACUAUGAAUACAUUGUAUUUAAGUUGAAGUAC